AUGCUUCCACCCGAACAACUUCGUGGGUAUGAGGAUUGUGUUUCUGGCAAUCCAUACGAGGCUGAUCGCCCAGCCCUGCUUCCCAAACACAAGUCCGCUCUUACUCGCAUCGUCCACUCCCGACACCAGGUCCAGAUCACGAAGCCUGACUCAAGUAUUCCUUCUUCGCGACAAGCAACCCUUCAAUCGCCGGACCGGGGAAAGCUGGUCGAUGACCUGGAAGCAUGCACAAGGGAACUCGGUGAAGCACAACAUCGUCUCUCCAAGGCCGAGAAAGAAGUCACAACUCUGAAACAACAGCUUACAUCUCAAGAGCAACAUGUUCAUCAGCUCAACGCUGAUCUCACAUGCAAAAGAGAGGGAAUGAGGAAGACGGCAGAGCUAUGCACAAGCAUCAGCUCCGAGCUGCAAGACCUCAAAUCCAAUCAAAGCAAAGGCCCUCUCUCCCUAGCACGCCAUCAACGCAAGGCGAUUGAGAACCUGAAACUCGAUAAGCGCGACCUCACCAAGAAGCUCACACAAGCACUGACCGACCUAAGUUCCAUGGAAUCAAGGUGGAAGAAAGCGCAAUCUCAAGCAGCAGAAGCUUAUUCCCACCUGAAGACUUGCGGACAGGAAUGUCGUAACCUAAAGGCGUGGGUAAGAAAGCAAGAUGCACGGCUUGAAGCACAAGACCUCGCCAACGAGGCCCUGACUCGUGAAUCGGGGCUCAAACAAGCGGAAUUACUCCAGGCCAAAACUGCGAUGAAACAUCUCCGUUCCGUCCAAGCCGAACUCAACGAUACCAAAGCUUCUCUUCGCAACGUCAAAAGUUUACUUUCGCAAGAACGGCUCGCGAAUCAACAAGUCUUGGCAGAACGUGAUGCGGCCGAGGAUGAAAUUGGACUUCUGGAGCAACGGAUGCGGGAGUGCAAGGUUUCGGAGGAUGUGGAGAGGUAUCGGGUUUCUCUUGAGGCUACGGAGAGGAAUAAUCGUGAGCUUGUGAGGGAGGUGGAUGCUUUGAGGAAGAGGUUGAGUCGGGAGAGUCGUGAUAGUGGUGUUGUUGUUUCUCCCAGGCUGAGGCUGAGGCCGUUGUGA